CUCAAAACAAAACAAAAAAAUGCUUUAAGAACGCAAGAUUUUUUAAAUAAUUUAAACUGAAAACGGCACAAAAACUUGCAGGAUUUCUUCCUUUUGACCUAAUUAAUGUCCAGCCUUAGCCCAAUGACUUUUAGAACUGCACAUUGCCUUUAUCUCCCUCCUGAACUUACAUAUUUCUAAGCCCCUACUCUUUUAAAAUCUGCUUUAUGAAUGCAAGUUAUUUUUAUAUUUUCUAUAUUUCAUUUAUGUUUUUUAUUGUAUAUUUUGAACUGCAAACAAGGCACAAACCUGCACGUCCUAUGUCCUCCAAAUCCCAGCCACUGCCAAGAGCAUAGUAAUUAUUGAAAGGGAUUGAAAGGAAUAAAUUUACUUUUUUUGGCUUUAUUAGUAUAGUUAGACAAUAAAAGUCCUGUGAAUAAUGUCAAACAUAAAGUUUAAAAUUAAUCAUUCUUGUUCAUGGAGAUUAGUGUUUUAGAUCUUUUUACAUUUUAAUCCCCCAAAUCACAUAUUUAAAUGUGAACAUUUUGCCACAAGAGGGCAAUAUUCACCUACAGUAGAACGUAAAGGGGCUGAAAAAUUACUGCAGUGAGAAGGACAAACUCACUUUCCUCCUAAGACUGGUCUACUAGUCUGAUCAUCUGGGGCCAGUUUUCAUUUGUUUUUCUAUUACUUUUAAAUAUUUAAAACAUUUUUGUUUGAAAAUGUUAGUCCUCAAAGCCAAAAAUCUGUUUAAAAAUACCUGUUUACAGAAUGACCAAAAGAUAGAUGUUUUACUAGAUAACAUAUUUAUUAAAUCUUCACACAUGUCCCCAAAGGGGGUCGCUCACUUCAGGGAAACGUGGCCAGUUCAAACCGCUGAUGAAAACACUGCAGCCAGGGGCCACUGCUGCCAGCGCCUCCCGAGGGCGCUCGCACCUGUUGGACUUCGCAUAGACACACCUGCGUUUGUCCGUCAAUUGUCUCCUCUACAAGGAAGCAUGUGAGUUCGUGGGUUUAAGCAUAUACACUUAAAUGUUGAUUAUUAAAGGAAGAAAUCAGAAGUAGCCCUUUUGAGUCUUACAUGAGUGAAAUGUGUUGGGUUUCAGAAGCAGAAUAUAAAGAAGGAAAUGUAACCAUUUUUUAUGAGCAUAGUUUGGAGUAAGGAAUAUGUACACCUAGAUGAACUGAUUAGAACUCUGCCUGCCCUUCAGAUAAAAAAGAAGAAAAGCUGUUUUGCAUUGUUUCCAUACAUUAUUUGGGCUACAAAAGGACAGCUAGGGGCAAAGAGGCCGGGGUUUUCAUCCAAUGUGCGGUGGAGCCAACUUUGGAAAAGUCUGUUUGCAUUACGCUGCCUAAAACACACCGUGUUUUAGAAAGAGGCUUUUGCAUUGACAAGCUUCUCGUCCUCGCCUCUGGGAGUUUAGUGCCUCCUAGAGCAGCUUGUGCCCUCAGCCCUGUAAUGCGAUAUCCCUCCUCCUGGAUUGGCCGGAGGGGUGUCCUUUCCCUGGGAGCCGCUCCCCACCACUGCUCCCAAACUUGGCUCAGCCCCGCAGCCACCAUCACCACCACGGAGGGUGCUGCUGCAGCUGAGCUGCUGCUCUCCCUUCGGCUGCUGCUGAGCGUCCAGCAGCGAAUGCAGCGAUGGAGCCCAGACUGCUCUGCUGGACCACUCUCUUUCUGCUGGCCGGGUGGUGCCUGCCAGGGUGGCCCUGCCCCAGCCGGUGCCUCUGCUUUAAGAGCACCGUCCGCUGCAUGCACUUGACGCUGGACCACAUUCCUCAGGUGCCACAGCAGACCGCAGUCCUAGACUUGAGGUUUAACAGAAUAAGAGAAAUUCCAGGGAGCGCCUUCAAGAAACUCAAGAAUUUGAACACUCUUCUGCUGAACAACAACCAAAUCAGAAAAAUUUCCAGAAGUGCUUUUGAAGGACUUGAAAAUUUGCUAUAUCUGUACCUGUACAAGAAUGAAAUCCAUGCAUUAGAUAAGCAAACAUUUAACGGACUCAUAUCUUUGGAACAUCUGUAUAUUCAUUUCAACCAACUAGAAACGCUGCAGCCAGAGACCUUUGGAGACCUUCUGAAAUUAGAGCGACUAUUCUUGCAUAACAACAAAUUAUCUAAAAUCCCGGCUGGGAGCUUUUUAAAUCUGGAUUCAUUAAAAAGAUUGCGUCUGGAUUCCAACACCCUGGUUUGUGACUGUGAUCUGAUGUGGCUGGGGGAGCUUUUACAAGGCUAUGCCCAACACGGACACACCCAGGCUACAGCUACCUGUGAAUAUCCCAGGAGACUCCAUGGGCGAGCAGUUGCUUCAGUAACAGUAGAGGAGUUCAAUUGCCAGAGCCCCCGAAUUACUUUUGAGCCCCAGGAUGUGGAGGUACCAUCAGGAAAUACUGUCUAUUUCACCUGCCGGGCAGAAGGAAACCCCAAACCUGAGAUUAUUUGGAUACACAACAACCAUUCAUUGGAUUUGGAAGAUGAUUCUCGACUUAAUAUGUUUGAUGAUGGCACACUCAUGAUCCGAAACACCAGAGAGUCAGACCAAGGUGCCUAUCAGUGCCUGGCCAGAAAUUCCGCUGGGGAAGCCAAGACACAGAGUGCCAUGCUCAGAUACUCCAGUCUUCCUGCCAAACCAACCUUUGUAAUCCAGCCCCAGGACACAGAGGUUCUAAUUGGCACCAGCUCAACUUUGGAAUGUAUGGCCACAGGCCACCCACACCCCCGUAUCACUUGGACCAGGGACAACGGAUUGGAGCUGGAUGGAUCCAGGCACGUGGCAACGGCCAGUGGACUUUACUUACAGAACGUCACACUACAAGAUCAUGGUCAAUUUACCUGUCACGCCAGCAACAGCCACGGCUCUGUUCAAGCUGCAGCAAACAUAAUUGUACAAGCGCCUCCGCAAUUUACAGUAAACCCCAAGGAUCAAGUGGUGCUGGAAGACCAUGCUGUGGAGUGGCUCUGUGAAGCUGACGGCAGCCCACCUCCUGUAAUUGUGUGGACAAAAACAGGAGGACAGCUCCCCGUGGAAGGCCGGCAUACGGUUCUCGCCUCUGGAACUUUGAGAAUUGACCACGCAGCACAGCACGAUCAAGGCCAAUAUGAAUGUCAAGCAGUCAGUUCGUUGGGGGUAAAAAAAGUAUCUGUGCAGCUGACUGUAAAACCCAAAGCUCUUCCAGUGUUUAUUCAACGUCCUCAGGAUACAAGUGUCGAGGUUGGAAAGAAUAUAAACAUUUCAUGUCAUGCUCAAGGAGAACCACAUCCCAUAAUUACUUGGAAUAAGAAAGGUGUGCAGAUUACUGAAAGUGGUAAAUUUCACAUGGAUGGUGAAGGCACGCUGACCAUCUACGACGCAGGGCACCUUGACCAGGGAAGAUAUGAUUGUGUGGCUCGGAAUUCAUUUGGCCUCGUUGUGACCAACAUGUUUCUUACAGUCACUGCUAUACAGGGCAGACAAGCUGGCGAUGACUUCGUUGAAUCUUCCAUUCUUGAUGCUGUACAGAGAGUUGACAGUGCAAUUAACUUCACACGAAGACAUUUGUUUUCACAAAAACCUCGCACCUCCAGUGACCUGCAAACUCAGUUUUAUUACCCGCGUGACCCACUGAUUGUGGAAAUGGCAAGAGCAGGGGAGAUUUUUGAGCAUACACUACAGCUGAUCCGGGAACGCGUAAAGCAGGGGCUCACUGUGGACUUGGAAGGCAAAGAAUUCCGGUACAAUGACUUGGUGUCCCCGCGCUCCCUCGGCCUCAUCGCCAACUUAUCUGGAUGCACAGCUCGCGGGCUUCUGCCGAACUGCUCCGACCCGUGUUUCCACGGGAAGUACCGCUCCCACGACGGCACGUGCAACAACCUGCAGCAGCCCACGUGGGGCGCGGCGCCCACCGCCUUCGCGCGCCUGCUGCAGCCAGCCUACCAGGACGGCAUCCGCGCGCCCCGGGAGCUCGGCCUCCCUGUGGGCUCCCGCCAGCCCCUCCCGCCGCCCCGGCUGGUCGCCACCGUGUGGGCGCGCGCGGCGGCCGCCACCCGCGACCACAGCCACACACGCAUGCUCCUGCACUGGGGCCGGUUUCUGGAGCACGACUUGGACCACACGGUGCCCGCGCUAAGCACGGCCCGCUUCGCUGAUGGGCGGCCGUGCAGCUCCGUCUGCACCGACGACCCACCGUGCUUCCCCGCGGGCCCCCAGCACGCGCCCUGCAUGCCCUUCGCGCGCUCCAGCCCCGCCUGUGCUGGCGGCCGUCCCUCCGCGAGGGCGCAUUCGGUCCACGCCCGAGAGCAGAUCAACCAGCAAACAGCCUACAUCGAUGGCUCCAGCGUGUACGGGAGCUCGGAGCGGGAAUCCCAGGCUCUCCGAGACCCUUCGGCGCCUCGGGGACUCCUGAGGACAGGCCUGCCUUGGCCUCCUUCCGGGAAGCACUUGCUGCCCUUUUCUGCAGACGCGCCCACCGCGUGCGCGCGGCAGCAGCAGGACAGCCCCUGUUUCCUGGCCGGGGACCGCCGGGCCAAUGAGCACCUGGCUCUGACCGCCAUGCACACCCUGUGGUUCCGGGAACACAACAGGGUGGCCACGGAGCUGUCCGCCCUGAACCCCCACUGGGACGGAGACACGCUUUACCAGGAAGCCAGGAAGAUCGUGGGCGCGGAGCUGCAGCACAUCACCUACAGCCACUGGCUGCCCAAGGUCCUGGGGGACCCCGGCACGCGGAUGCUGAAGGGGUACCGAGGCUACAACCCCAGCGUGAAUGCGGGCAUCAUUAACUCCUUUGCCACUGCAGCCUUUACACUUGGCCACACAUUCAUCCAUCCCGUUCUCUACCGACUGAAUGGCACCUUCGGUGAAAUUUCCGAAGGCCACCUUCCGUUCCACAAAGCGCUCUUUUCACCGUCCAGAAUAAUCAAGGAAGGGGGGAUAGACCCGGUCCUCCGCGGGCUGUUUGGCGUGGCUCCUAAACGGAGGGCACCCUCCCACCUUCUCAGUCUGGAGCUGACCCACAGGCUCUUCUCCACGGCCCAUUUUGCGGCCGUGGACGCGGCUGCCACCAUCAUUCAAAGGGGUAGAGAUCACGGGAUCCCACCGUAUGGUGACUUCAGAGUUUUCUGUAAUUUGACUUCAGUGAAGACCUUCGAGGAUCUUCAAAAUGAAAUUAAAGAUUCAGACAUUAGACAAAAACUGAGAAAGUUGUACGGUUCUCCAGGUGACAUUGACCUCUGGCCUGCCCUUAUGGUUGAAGACCUGAUUCCUGGGACAAGAGUGGGACCCACACUUAUGUGCCUGUUUGUUACCCAGUUUCAACGGCUAAGAGAUGGAGAUAGGUUUUGGUAUGAAAACCCUGGAGUAUUUACGCCGGCACAACUCACUCAGCUGAAGCAGGCAUCCUUGGCUCGGGUGCUUUGUGACAAUGGUGACAGCAUUCGGCAAGUGCAGGCGGAUGUCUUUGUAAAGGCAGAAUACCCACACGAUUACAUCAGCUGCAGCGAGAUCCCGAAGGUGGACCUGAGAGUGUGGCAAGACUGCUGUGCAGACUGUAGGAGUAGAGGACAGUUCAGAGCGGUAACACAAGAAUCUCAAAAGAAACGUUCAGCUCAAUACAGCUAUCCUGAUGACAAAGAUACGGAGUUGACUCAUCUAAGAAGUAGGCAACAAGAUAAAAUGUAUGUGGGUGAAGAUACUAGAAAUGUGGCAGUUCUGGCAAAAACAAAGUUCUCCCAGGAUUUCAGCAAGUUUGCAGCGGAAAUUCAGGAAACCAUCACAGCACUCAGAGAGCAGAUAAACAAGCUGGAGGCACGCCUGAGGCAGGCAGGGUGUACAGAUGUUAAAGGGGUUCCAAGGAAGGCCGAGGAGCGCUGGAUGAAGGAAGACUGCACUCACUGCGUCUGUGAGAGUGGCCAGAUCACCUGUACGGUGGAGACUUGUCCCCCGGCUCCCUGUCCCAGUCCUGAAUUGCUGAAAGGAACCUGCUGUCCAGUUUGCAGAGACAGAGAAAUGCCAGCUGAUUCCCCAGAGAAACGCUAAUAAAAGUGUUGUGCUCUUGAGCCCUGAAUGGGAAAUUUCUCAGGAAGAGACACUUAGGACUUCCGCACUUUUAACUUGUAGUCACAUCGUUGAUAUGGAAAUCACUGAAUUAAGUAACUUGGUUCAUUUAAUCUUAGAUAUACUGAAGAUCUUUUAUCUUUUUUCAUUUUCUAAUAUGCCUUGAAAUAAUUCAAAACUAAAAGCAAUACAGUGCAUAAGAAGUGUUUUGUCAUAAGAAAUAUUUCUUACUGUAAGCUGUCGAUUUUAUAUACCACACCUGGAAAUAAAAAAUAUCAUGUAAUAUUUA